UAUAACUUUAGUCCUCCAUCAUAUAUCCACUAUAUUCAGAGCUUUCCUCAAAAGUUACAACCCAAACUUGUUUUGGAGCCACUUUUUAAAACAUGAAAUUCUCGCUUUGUGCUUACAAGUAUUACAUACUGGUAUUAUUUUUCUUGGUUUUGCUCACUGUUGGUGUUUCUACCCAUUCCAAGCCCAAACAUCAUAUGUUAGCUAAAUUACUGAAAAGAAGUUCCAUCAAUGGGGAUUCACAUCACUCCACCCGAAAGGGGGUUCCGGUUGACAGAGAAGAGCUAGGAAGAGAACUAUACCCAAUGGGGUCAAGUUUGCCAGAUUGCUCACAUGCUUGUGGAGUUUGUGCCCCAUGUAAGAGGGUAAUGGUUAGCUUCAAAUGUGCUUCUGAGUCUUGCCCUAUAGUUUACAGAUGCAUGUGCAACGGCAAAUUUUAUCACGUCCCUUCUUCCAAGUAAAAUAGCCUAUUGCUUCUUCACCUUUUAAUUUUCUCAAUGUUUUUAUUUUUUCUGAUUCAUGCAUGUCAGAAAACCUUAUUAAAUGACCUGCCACUUUUACGUAGUAGUUAUUUCUUGUGAUUUCGUUUUUGUGAAAUUAUUGAGGCGGAGCACAGAGUUAACCUGGCCCUUGAGAAUUUUUUUUAGAAUUACUUAUUAUCAUGUACUUCAAUUUGUUUAUCCACUAAAUUUUCCCUGUUAUGUCCUGUUGACUUCGACAAUUAUAUCAAUAUUAUUGUCAUCUUAAGAA